CCUACUUUCACCUCCAUUGUGGCGACUCCUGCUCAAACACUUUACAGACUUCUAGGAGUUGUAGCGGAUGUUCGAGGACUGAACGGAGACACCACACAAGUCUGUUAUUUUUUAUUAUUAUUGUUUUAUUCUGACUUCUUGGCAUGGAUUUGCUUACUCACUCUGGAGCUCACCGAUGUGGAAUAGUUCCUGCCGCGGGGGAUUUUGGGAUUUUAUACAGAAGAGACAGAGGACACGGACCCAGCACUGUAAAGUUGUAAAAGUAGUUUUUUUUUUCUUCCCUUUCAAGUUUAUUUUAGUUUACUUUAAUUUUGUGUUUGUUCGGCGUGUCGACCUGCAGUCAUCAUGGCGAAGGGGGCAGCGGCGGCGCUCGCGCCUCUGACGCCGCGUUCAGGCGCUGCUCUCCGGGACGAAGCCGUCGAGUGUAGCCGCGGCCGCCGCCGGGCUUUGUCGUGGUACUUCGUUUUAAUCUUUUCGACUUUUUCUUGUGGAUAUUGCAAAGCUGAGACAGAGUUUUCCAUCCUGGAAGAAGCGCAAGUGUUGGCCGAGCAAAUGAAAAAACUGUCCUCACAGGAGCUGGGAGUGUUUACUAUGCAGAGGAUUUUCAGUUCAUUCGUGUACACCGAGAAGACAUCAAACGGAGAGACAGAAGUGCAGCAGUUGGCUAAGAAGAUUCGUGAGAAGUUUAACCGCUACCUGGAUGUGGUGAACAGGAAUAAACAGGUGGUGGAGGCUUCAUACACUGCUCACCUCACUUCCCCUCUCACUGCUAUACAGGACUGCUGUUCCAUACCAGCAUCCAUGAUGGAGUUUGAUGGAAACUUCAAUACCAAUGUAUCCAAAACCAUCUGCUGUGACAGGCUUUCCCCGACCGUCAACAGCCGAGCUUUCAACCCUGGACGGGACCUCAACUCAGUGUUGGCAGACAACCUGAAGUCAAAUCCAGGUAUAAAGUGGCAGUAUUUCAGCUCCGAGGAGGGCAUCUUCACUGUCUUCCCUGCCCACAAGUUCCACUGUAAAGGGAACUACGAGCAUCGGAGCAGGCCCGUUUAUGUGUCUGCAGUACGUCCACAGUCCAAACACAUUGUGGUGAUGGUGGACCAUGGUGCAUCUGUAACUGACACACAGCUUCAAAUUGCCAGAGACUCGGCACUGGUCAUCCUCAAUGCAGUAGAUGAACACGACAAGAUCUCUGUUCUUUCAGUGGCAGAGACAGUCCGCUCCUGUUCUCUAGACCAGUGUUACAAGAGUCUGCUGUCUCCAGCUACCAGUGAAACCAAGAGGAAGAUGAGCACCUUCAUUUCCAACAUCAAGGCCUCUGAUGGUGCGACCCAGCAUGCAGCAGGAUUCCAGAAGGCCUUCCAGCUGCUCCGGAACACCACCACCAUCAGCAAGCAUAGUGCCACCACAGACACGGUCAUUAUUUACCUUUCAUCUGGUAUCACAUCUCGAGAAUCAUCAGAGCUGGAGAAGAGAGCAACACUCAGUGUGGUGAGAGAGGAGAACCGACACCUCAACAACUCUGUCAUGAUCCUCACCUACGCGCUCAUGAACGAGGGAGUAACCGGCUUGAAGGAGUUGGCCUUCCUGAGGGACCUCGCAGAGCAGAAUUCGAUGAAGUACGGCUUUGACCGAGUGGUGGACAGAGACCGUGCUCUUGCGGCUUCCUCGUCUGGUUCUGUAGGUGCUUCCUUGUUGCCAGUAGUGAAGGGAAGUAUGAUGGUACUGAACCAGCUCAGCAACCUGGAGACAACGGUUGGCCGCUUCUACAUUAACCUUCCUAAUCGUAUGAUUGAUCUGGCUCGCUUCAGCCUGCCGUACUCUGACCCUCUGGGAGACGGCUUUAUCAUGACUGUGAGUCGGCCAUGUUAUUUUGGCAACCUGCUCCUGGGUGUUGUUGGCGUAGAUGUGAACCUGGCCUACAUCUUAGAGGAUGUCACAUACUACCAAGACUCACUGGCUUCAUACACCUUUCUCAUUGAUAACAAAGGUUACACCCUCAUGCACCCGUCACUGACGCGACCCUACCUGAUGACUGAGCCGCCGCUGCACACAGACAUUAUCCACUACGAGAAUAUCCCAAGAUUCCCUGCAGUCCGACAGAAUAUUCUCAGCCUCCCUUUGGGCAGUCAGAUCAUUUCUGUUCCAGUAAACUCCUCUCUGUCUUGGCACACCAACCGACUCAGGGACAACAAAAAAGACGCGUACAACGUUAGCUACGCCUGGAAACUGGUUCAGGACACCUCGUUCAUCCUGUGCAUCGUGUACAUGCAACCAGAGAUCCCAGUUAAGCAGCUGAAGAACCUGAACACGGCUCCAAGCUCCAAGCUGCUCUACCACCGUUUGGACCUGCUGGGUCAGCCCAGCUCCUGUUUGCACUUCAAACAGCUCGCCACCGUUGAGUCUCCCACUGUGAUGCUGGCAGCUGGUAGUUUCUCCUCUCCCUAUGAGCACCUCAGUCAGCCAGAAACAAAGCGUAUGGUGGAGCACUACACCGCCUACCUGAGUGAUAACACCAGGCUCAUAGCCAACCCAGGACUCAAGUCCUCCGUCAGGAAUGAGGUUAUGGCGACCAGUCACGUCACGGAUGAGUGGAUGACACUAAUGGAAAUGAGUAGCCUUAACUGCUACAUUGUGCGUCGUUACAUAGCAACACCCAGUGGGGUGCUCCGGAUUUACCCAGGAUCACUGAUGGACAAAGCCUUUGACCCGACCCGUAGACAAUGGUACCAGCAUGCCGUGGCUAACCCCGGCCUCAUCACCUUCACGGGGCCGUACUUAGAUGUGGGCGGGGCUGGUUAUGUUGUCACCAUCAGCCACACUAUCCAUGCAUCCAGCUCUCAGAUGGCGCCUGGUUACGCAGUUGCAGUGAUGGGGAUAGACUUUACCUUACGUUACUUCUAUAAGGUUCUGCUGGACCUCCUGCCCAUCUGCAACCAGGACAAAGGCAACAAGAUCAGGUGCUUUAUCAUGGAGGACAGGGGGUACCUGGUUGCCCACCCCACUUUGAUUGACCCCAAAGGUCAUGCUCCUGCAGAACAACAGCACAUCACACACAAGGAGCCGUUGGUGGCGAAUGACAUCCUGAACCAUCCCAACUUCGUAAAGAAGAAUCUCUGCAACAGCUUCAGUGACCGCACCGUGCAGCGCUUCUAUAAGUUCAACACCAGCAUAGUGGGGGAUCUGACCAACUUGGUCCACGGUAGCCAUUGUUCCAAAUACCGGCUGACCCGGAUCCCGGGCACCAACGCCUUCGCCGGUAUCGUCAAUGAGACAUGUGACUCACUGGCGUUUUGUGCCUGCAGCACCGUGGACCGUCUUUGUCUCAACUGCCACAGAAUGGAGCAGAAUGAGUGUGAGUGUCCAUGUGAGUGCCCCCUGGAGGUCAAUGAGUGUACAGGCAACCUCACUGCCGCUGAAAACAGGAACCCGAGCUGUGAGGUGCACCAGGAGCCAGUCAGCCUGAAUGUGAUCGAUCCCAGCCUGCAUGACAAUUUACUCCAGUGUAUCAACACCCGCUGCAGCCAACGAUACACCAGCAGUGACUGUUUUGGCGUGUUGGACUGUGAGUGGUGCAUGGUGGACAGUGAUGGAAAAACCCACCUGGACAAGCCGUACUGCGCCCUGCAAAAGGAGUGCUUUGGAGGCAUCGUUGGAGCCAAGAGUCCCUACAUGGACAGCAUGGGACUGAUGGCAGAUGAGGAAGUGUCAUCUCUGAACAUGAUCAAGAGCGCUCCAGUGGGUCCAGUAGCUGGGGGCAUUAUGGGCUGCAUCAUGGUGUUGGUUCUGGCCGUGUACGCGUACAGACACCAGAUCCACAGACGCUCACAUCAGCACAUGUCACCGCUGGCAGCACAGGAAAUGUCAGUGAGAAUGUCCAACCUGGAUAAUGAACGAGAUGAGAGGGAUGAAGACAGCCAUGAGGACAGAGGAAUCAUCAGUAACACACGAUUCAUUGCUGCCGUGAUCGAGAGACACACGCACACUCCAGAACGGAGGCGGAGAUACUGGGGGCGCUCGGGGACAGAGAGUGACCACGGAUACAGCACCAUGAGUCCACAGGAGGACAGCGAGAAUCCACCCGGCAACAACGACCCGCUCUCGGCUGGCGUUGACGUCGGUAAUCAUGACGAUGACCUGGAGCUGGACACGCCUCCACAGACGGCUGCGCUGCUUAGCCACAAAUUCCACCCAUACCGCCACACGCACUCGCAUCACCACCCGUUGCACACGCAUCACCUGCAGGCCGCGGUCACCGUGCACAGCGUGGACGCAGAGUGCUGAUCCCCGGAGUGGGAGGGGCCCUCCUUCCAGGGAGGAACUUUUUACAUAAUAGACUAUUUUUUUUAAACAACAGUAGUGCCGGAUUAGACGGCGCACCGGAGAACUCUCAGGCUGAAUGACGGCGGAGAGAGUGGCCAUCAGUGGAUUUUAAGUUUCAUAUGGAUGUUGUCUACAUGGUCUUGUUUUGACGCCAUCGCCGCCAAUCUUUUCGUUCCUUCAGCCCAUUUCACCGUCUGGCAGUUUGACAGCCACAGCUAACCACCAGACGAAGGCCAGUACCCAUCAGGAAGUGGGAACGUUUUUAUCUUCUGAAGGCGUUUCAGAAUCUAAAAGAGCACAAAAAUGCUUUCAUCAAGGAGAGGACAUAACUGGGUGUUAAAAGCCUCGAUGGACGAGAAGCCUGUUUUUUAUACUCUGGAUCAUUUUUGGAACCAGUGUUUAAUUGACUGAGAAUGGCAUCUGGAGCCUGAGGACAUCUUUGGACACGGAGAUAUCGUCUUCAGAUGAUUCUGCACAGUGAAAACUGACGAUUACCUCUGCAGAAUAAAAAAACUAAACAAAAAACUUGUUGUCCAGCAGAGACAUGAAGCUGCUGUGAAGUUCUAGUCCAGCUUUACUUGCCAUGUCUUUGCAGCUGGAAACUCAAAACGUUGGUUUUCUCUGCAAAUGUCUGCCUUUAGCCACAGCUGCUGCCCGUACACACCAGGAUUUUGGAUUUUUAUUCAUAAAUGUCUUUUAACUGGACAGAAGGCAAACAGGGAAGAAAAAAAAGCCCUGUUUUUCUCUUAUUUAAUAGGAGGUAGACAGGUGGGGGGGCAAACCAGACAGUAGGCCAGUAACAGGACUAUAUCCCAGACGUCAUAGCUGUUGUCAAAAAUUUACAAAAUGUAUUUGGGGGGGGCUCGAAACCCAACAUAAUGGUUUCUCACCACUGGUUUUGAUCAACCAACAGUCCAAAAUAUAAAGUUUGGUUUUGACAACCAGUCAAAACCAGCUAAUCUCAACUUGAGUCCAUUUACAUCCAGUGUAAUUUAGUUUACAGUUGUUCUUGAGCAGUGUAAGGUCAAAGUAUCAAAGCACUUUAAAGUUGUCUGUCUUUGGUACAGAACAGUUUAAAUUCAACCAGUUGAACCAGAUUAUCUGUGAUCACAUUAAAAAGUUUUUUUAUUUCUCAAAACAGAAAGAGGAGAAAAUCCUUACAGGGGAAGUUUGAUUCUAUUUUCGGCACCCUUCUGUAUUGAAUUAGAACGUCACACCGGCUACAUCAUGUGACGACACGGAGAAAAGCUAAAAACACAUGCGCUAAACUACUUCUUAUCACCACGGAACAGACAGAGAUGCCAUUAGAAGUGUCUGGAAGCACGGCAACAAUCCCUACGGAGGUAAACGUGUGCACGUUUACCUCCGUUUACCUCACCAAAUAUAAAGAAACUUUUAAAAAGAGGGAUUAUACAACGGCAAUGGCAACCAGGCCAUUAGGCAGCACUGUGCUCCAACGGGUCAUGGCAGCUCGAUCGGCAUUAAAGGGCACGAGUCCCUCAUCCCCGUCCAAUCACAUUAUGUAGCCGGUUAACCCCUGAUGUUGUUCGCUUUCAGAAUGAACACUGCGCUGAUUAAAUCAAGUUGUUGUCCCAAAUGAAAAGUUUAACCCCAAACACAUCCAACAAUUGGGCCCAGGUAGAAAAAUGUCAACCUCUCUCACUGUUAUGCAUCUCUAAACAUCACGACUGAUAACUGUAAUAAAUCAGCACUUGAACAUCACAGUUGCCCACGAAUGCGAUCCAGCACACAGUUUGAUGAUGUACUACAUCAGUAUGUUACUGUGUCACACGUGCUAAAACAACUGUAGCACGCCUGCAGUGUAACUUCAGCACAACCUCAAGAAAACCUCCCUGUGAUGUCACAGCACGUACGACAAGUAUGUCCAAGUUCAUAAUGGAAAAAAGGAGUUUUCUAAAGUACAGACAAUGUUUCCAACUAUGAACUUCCAGGAUUCAUAGUAGCUGUGAGAGUGAAACUCCAUAAAAUUUGCUCUAUUUUCUUGAUAAGUUAUUUUAAGUUACAGUGUGUAGAAUUUAGGGGUGUGAAUUAUCCCAAAUGGAAUAUAACAUUCAUAAGCAUUUGUUCAUUUGUAAUUACUUGCAGAAGCAGAUUGACGUGUUUUCAUGAGCUCAAAAUGAACUCUUUAUAUGCCCCAUUAUGGAGGCUGCCAUGUUGCACCACCAUGUUGGUGCAGUAGCCCCUUUUGCUUUUAUUCUUCUCCAUCUCUGCAGCGGCGCUCUGCAUUGCUGCGUAACCUCUCUGAGCACCUCACUGUAGCCUGAUGUGCACCUCCCAAAAAUUUAAACUACACAUCAAAAUGAUGGGGAGACCGCAAGGGCUGUGAUUGGUCACUUUUCCGGUUUCACUCCUUCCUCUCCUAUCGUAUUUAAAAGUUUUUACAGUGCGCACACUGAUUACAUCUCGUAUCAAAUAGAGGAACAUUUGGCAGAAAAGUCCGCAAAUAUGACCAACUUUACAAAACAGAGUCAAAAACUACAAAGACACUCAAGUGACCCGCAGUUGAUAGAGGGAAAUUACACGUAAUGUUGGUUUGUGUGUCGGUGAUUGUGGAAAUUGAUGUGGAAAAAUGAAAAAAAAAAAAAGACCAGGGACAGUGGCGGAGCAGUCUUGCCUUGCUCUCCAUGUCACACCCCCUACUAUUCCAGGGGUAAUUGCUUUACAACACCCACCAGUGCGAUGGAGAACUUUGAAAGGGUCAUGUCCACGUUGAUGUCGUUGCAUGGCAACGGAAUUACAGAGUUGUAGAAGCACAAGAUUGAUUGAAUAAUAAAGAUUGUGCAUGUUGCAUGAAUCUCUGUGACCAAAGGUGAGAAAAACAUGAAGAGAAACAAAAUCAUGACUGGCAAUGGCAUAAUGCAAUCUGCAACCUCACCACUAGAUGGCUCUAAAUCCUACACACUGUAGCUUUAAACAACCAAAUGGUUCUGUUCAUGAAGGACACUUCUCUGUUGAAUGGUUAAAUGAUUGAUCUUUUCAGACACUGAUUGGGUUUUUUUUGUUGUUGUUGUUCUUUUGCUGCACCCGUCUGUCAAAGUUGAGAAUAAUAAGCUUUAAUCUCACCGCACGUCGCAGUGUUUUAGGAAGACAUGACGUGAUCACAUCAGUCAUUGACGUAGGUUUGUUUGUUUGUGUGUCAGACCCGUCGUGGACAUGUCCUCUGUAUCGGUAGCCCUUUUCGGCCUCCUGGGGACAGGGGAGAGAAACUAACAGCAGUUUUAGAGAUUUGCUGCAUCAGGACAAGAAGCUUGCAGAGAUCCUGAGGGAUUCACAGACGGAGAACAAUGUCUUAGGGACAGAAUGUUGUGUUUUUGCACCUCUGAGGCUGAGCUGAUGCUGUAAGUAAAAUCCAUGUGCUGGAUCUUGUGCAAAGCAAAUUUAAUUUCCAUUUCCGACUCAGGACGACGACGUUGUCUCCUCCUGGUCAUAACGGUGAUAUGCUGCUGCUGCUGACGCCUGUGAUUAACCAAUCAGAGCGACCACACUCCACAAAUGCAUCGUUUAUAGAUGGCAUUAAAGAAGACAGUUGAAAUUAUUCCAAGUGACUUAUUUCUUUAUUGUGAUGACCUGGUCUGUUACUUCUUUUUUUAGAGAGAGAGAGAUUCAUUAUGAAGUGUAAAUACAAAAAUCACAAAUAUCUAUCUGUAAUGUAUGCUCCAUUUUUAUUUUUAUUUUAAAUGUUUGUCAGUUUCAGAUAUUUGGGUUGAUGUCAUCUGUUCGUGGUGUCUCACUCCAUUUUCGAUGCCUUGGAUGUUUUUCAGGUCCAUAUUGGAUGGAAGUCAGUAACAGACACUUGUUUCAGAGAUUUCUUACUGUUCAAUGUUUUAUUGUUUGUCUUCAGAAUGGCGUGUUUUAAAAUGCAAACCGGCAGUUUUGACCAAAAUAAUGAGGCCACGGUAGAUUUUUGGUUGUGUGAGCUGUGCGAUGGUUCUAGACUGUAAAACGUUUUCAUUUACAGUUCCUUCCUGCAGUGGAAUUCCACCAACAUUUGCAUGUGAGCUCAAGACCUUUCAAAUGUGAAAGUGCAAAUUAAGCAACUGUGCUGAGACAAAAAGAAUUGUUUUUUUUUUGGUAACGUGUUCAGAGGGUGAAUUAUCCUGUCAUCUUCAAUAGAAUGAUUAUGCGAUCAGAUCGUUUACAGUGAGAGGAUUAUUCAUGUACAGCCAGACUGUAAGUAUUUGGAUCACAAUGUGAUUUUUGUAGUUUUGCUUCUGUUAGAAGUCCUUAAUCCCCAAGUUGCUCCCGGUGUGCAGUUGACUGCCUUGCAUGGCGGCACGCUGGCACCAGUGAGUGUGAAUGGGUGAGAGAGGCCUCAUUGUAAAGCACUUUGAGCGCAUGCAUCACAUGAUAGAAAUGCACUCCAUUUAACAAAAAUACUGCAUUAACUACUCUGGGCAGUGUGGUGGCUUCCAAAACAGAAGGUCCUCAGUUCAAGAUCAUUCAGUUCAAGACCAUUCUUCAUAUAAUGUGGAGAUGUGAAAGGAACGGCAUCCGGCGUAAAACGAGUCAAAUUAACAUGCAGAUCUGCCAUACACCAAAAAAAAAAAGAGAGAAGCCAAAAGAAAUUGUUACUUAGAAAUUAAGUAUAUGCAGUCCUUAAAUUUUCAAGGGCCAUAGGUAAUUGGACAAACUAAAUAUCAGGAUUACUGUACUUUUGCAGCCAGGUUUAUUUAGACAAGUCAGGGGAUGGAUACUUGAAUAUUUCCAAGUCACUGAAUGUGUCUUGAACUUCAUUUACAUCAGUCAUUUAUAAAAAAAAAAAAAAAAAACCCUGUUAAAAAAAAAUAAAUAAAUAAAAGUUUGAUAAAUCUGUAUGAAGUAGCCAAUUCUCACACCAAUAUGUAAGAAGUAGAUGAGUGAGGGAAGCCAACAAGACAUGCAGACAACUCUGAAGGGUUUACCAAACAGUACCAAUUUUGUAGUGAUAGAAGAAAAUGAAUGACAUACUCAGUGACUUGUCUAAAGGAAACUGGCUUUAUUGACAAUAAAUUUUAUAUUUAAUUUAUUCAUUCAUUCAUUCAUUCAUUUUCAGCCACUUAUCUGGGUCUGGGUCAUGGUGGCAGCAGAGAAAGUAACUCGUUUCACAGUUCUCUAUCCUUGGCCACGUCAUGUAACUCUUCCAGGGAGAUCCAAAGGCGUUCCCAAGCCAGCUGGGAAAUAUAAUCUCUCUAGCGCUGGCUCUUCCCUGGGGCCUCCUCCUGGUUGGACUUGCCUGAAAGACCUCCUUAGGGAGACCGCCAGGGUGCAUCCUCACUAAACUACGGGUUACACCCAGUACGCUUUUGUGGGACACAGCCCUUAGAAGGACCAAAACCUAUGUAUAAAAAAAAAUAAAAUGGGUGUAAUUCUUAAAUAGUUAAUAAAGUAUUCACGUUAAACUCUUGGUCUAAAGCUGAAAGUUUUCACUACAAAAACAGAGCUUCAUUUUGACUCCUCUGUUUGGUGUACAGAAGCAACAAACCUCCCCGCCACUGUCCAAAUACUUACGGUCCUGACUGCAUAUCCAUUUCCUGUCAAAAUCUAAACACUGGCCUAUCUAUAAAUUCACACUCACGUUAAAUACAUCUUGUAGGAUUUUUCUGGGCAAUUUCCACUUCAAAUACUCUCUGAGUCUGACUUGGCUUAACCCCCGAUUUUCAAUUUUGUUGAUACAGAAAUUUGUUUUGUUUGUUUUUGUCCCUGCAGAGUGUCUUAAAUGGUAUUUUCCAGCUGUUGUUUAUGUGUGUAUGUGCAGAACACUCUGAGUCACAUAAUGUACUGAAGGAAUGUGUACAUCACCCACUCAUGUAUCAUAUAAAGUUAUCAAAUUGAGAAUUAUUGCAAUGUGACUGUGAUAAAGUCUGUUUUACAUAUAAAAUGA